AGCAGUAAUUUGCUUCAAAAGAGCAUCUCUUGAUUCAAGGCUCCCAUUUCACUCUUCCCCCACCUGCCCUCUGUACGUAGUGCUGCUGUGCUGGAUUACUUUGACUUGACCUGAUGGAGCUGUUGAUGUUUAGUCUGGUCCUUCUACAAGGGAUCUCUCCCUGCUUUAGCUUUCCCAACGGUGCACCCACCUCCGCCUGUGAUGACAUGGUUCCUCGUCACACUGGGGUGCAGCCACAGCCCACCCCAGCACCCUACACCAUCCUCACCAGCACCAAGACACUUCAGACUGGCCAGCCCAUUACAGUGACCAUAACUGGAACAAACUACAGAGGCGUGCUUCUGGAGGCCAGAUCGGCAGCCAGCACUAGCACUAAUGCUUUAGGAAGUUGGCAACUUCCUCCUCCAGAUACCAAAUUCCUGCAGUGCUCAGGAAAUAAAGAAGGUGCCAUCACCCAUGCCAAUACUAAUGUGAAAGACAACACUACUGUGUUUACCUGGUUACCACCCAACAACACCAACACUAUCUACUUCAUGGCCACUGUAGCCCAACAGCGCACUGUCUACUGGUUGAAUAUCAGGUCAGGAACUUUGAUCAAAGGAUCAGAGAGCAUUGGUCUGGCUACAGGUGGAAAUCCAGGGAUGGCCAGUAGAGGAUUUCUGCUGCUCCUUGCCCCAUGUCUGCUGGUGUCACAGAUGCUCCCAAGAUAGUUUCAUUCCAUUUUGAUUCUACCGAAGCAGCUUCCGUCAUCUGAUUUUAUUGGAAAAAAUAUUUUGAUUGCGUAAUAUAUAUCGUAUUAGAAAAAAGUACUUUCCAUACAAAAGUUUGACUGAUUAAAGGUAGUAUCAUGCAGCAGUU